CUUGGAUUAUUGGAGGGAAACAUGAAACAAACGUGUCUCCAAAACAACUGCAAAAACAGUGUGAAUAAGGUUUUUAUUAUUAUUGUUGUUACAAAGUUAGUUAACACUUUAUUAUGUAUGACAUUGAUGGUUGCAUAGUAAUCAUCGAAACCAAACUUGUCAAAAAAAAAAUCUAGAAAAAAAAAAAAAAAAAAAAAAACAUAACACUUGUAUUCUCCAUCAUCCAUUUUCAUUUUUGCACCUUUUUUCUCAGAUUCUUCACACACCCUCUUAGAUUUCAUCGCCACUAACAUUAUAUUCUCACCGACCCACAUAAAAAUUUUCAUCAUUUCUUAUAAAUCACACUACCCUUUGAGCUUGUAAGAAAGAAAGUUUAGUUUUUUAUUGGUGGGGUUGGUUCCAAAAAAAUGGCAACUUUUUCGGUUCCAUGCCCCAAAUGUCCUUCUCCUUCUUCCCUUUUGGGAUUGAAAUCUAACAAGAUCUUGUUUCAAAGUGGAUUGAGCUUGAAGGGUUCUCAAUCAUUUGGAUCUUUGUCUGCUGAGUCAGCAUCAUUUGGAAUUCAGUGUCUUAACAAGAAGCAAUUUCCUAUCAAGAUUCAAGCACAGCGUAACGAGGCUGCUAUCGUCGAAAAUUCGAAUUCUGCACCUAAUGUUGCUUCACCAAAAGAGAAAGAAAACCAAAAUGGGAGUAUCUCUGGUAUCACUGUUGCAGAUGCAUCUUCAGUUUCUGCAUUCAUGGAUCAAGUUGCUGACCUUGUAAAACUUGUGGAUUCAAGAGAUAUCGUGGAGCUGCAACUAAAGCAAUCCGAUUGUGAAAUCAUGAUAAGAAAAAAAGAAGCUUUGCAGCCUCCACCAGCCGCGGCUAUUCCGCAACCAUCACAACCAUUGUACUAUCCCACACUUCAUUCGCCACCACCCCCACCACCAGAAGCUGUUUCUGCUCCUGCAGCCUCGCCACCUUCGAAAGCAACACCUGCCUUGCCUCCCCCCAAAACAAGUGCGUCAUCUCACCCGCCGCUGAAAUGUCCAAUGGCAGGAACCUUUUAUAGGUCUCCAGGACCUGGUGAACCUCCAUUUGUCAAGGUGGGAGAUAAAGUGAAGAAAGGCCAAGUUGUUUGUAUUAUUGAGGCUAUGAAACUGAUGAAUGAAAUUGAGGCUGAUCAAACAGGAACAAUAGCUGAAAUACUAGUUGAUGAUGGGAAACCAGUCAGUGUAGGCUUGCCUCUUUUCACAAUAGUUCCAUGAGUACCAGAAGGGACCUUAUUUCGAAGUUGAAGCGAAUCUCGCAUGUUGGAUAGCAUGGUAUUUAAUGAUUUGGAUAUUUUGUCGUUCAGAAAUUUAUUGAGUGAUAUUCAUUAUCUAAUAUGAAGAAAAUCCUUGGUCACUUAAUUUAUCUAGAAAUAUUUUGGAGACAAGUCUCAGCAUAUAAGAAUUCUAAGCAGUUUUGAUAUUUGUACUAGUGAUUAAUGUUUUCUACAUUUGGUUUUUGAAAAGUCUCUUUCUUCUGUGGACUUGUUAGAUGUUACUAUGUUUGUACUGUAAUUUUUCAAAGCAUAUAAUAUAAUUGAAGUUGAAUCUGUUGUAUCUUUUAUGAA